AUGACGGAAUCUGACAGUGGUCGUUUAUGUCUCACAGCUGUCGGGGAGGAACUUGCUGGUUCAAGGGCCAUAGCGACGAAUCUGGAAUCCUCAGAAGAGCAUACAAAAACGGACCCCUCUCUUAACUACUCGCUACCCAUCCUGCGUCUCCCGCCCGACAUUCUGUAUCGUGUCAUCGGAACGGUGGCUAUACUCUGUCCCGCCUCUCGCUUCGACUUGGGAUGGAUAAAGACAACUCACGUGUGUUCCAUCUGGCGUCACGAGAUACCAUCCUUUGCUACUCUCUGGGCGCGAGCGGUCAGCGCCUUCAGUAGUCAUGGCAGCGUCCAGACAAUCAGGCGGAGAGCCCAAGCCGCUCCAUUGACCGUCAGAUAUCUUACCGAUCCGGCACACUUCGGCGCAUCAUGGAAUAUAUCUUCUACACCUCUCUUUGACUACUAUCUCGCUUUAUUACCUCAAGUCCGUAGCCUUGAUCUGUGCACUCCGCACCCCAAGGAUUACGAACGUCUCGUUCAAGCGCUGUCCGCACAAACCUUCCCGAUGUUGGAGAGGGUCGCCUUGGCCGAUAAUUGCGCCCCCUUCGAUCAAGAUCGGAGGCCGGUGGACCCAUUGACCAUCUUCGACCGACCACUUUGUCCCAAUCUUCGUGCUCUGUCACUCCAUCGACUGUUCAUAGCGUUCCCGGGCCGACAACUGACCGACCUGCGCAUAUUCGGGGAGUCGUUCAGCGACAACCCCAUCACAAGCGCCCGGUUUCUUGACUUCUUGUCUGAAGCAGGGGAAACCCUCCAAAUGCUUCUUAUGGUCCAAUGGAUGCCGACAGUCUGGGACACCGAGGAACGUACGGGCCGCAAAGUACGACUCCGCUCCCUGAAGAGCAUGUCCUUACUCCGGCCGCCCUUCUGGACGGACUAUUUAGCACUGUGCAGACAUAUAGAAACACCUUCGCUCUGCUCAGUGUCAAUUACGAACUCUUGCGGACCGCAAUCAUUAUCCGACGCCCUUCAAGUCAUAGAUUGGAUCCUGAUCAACGGGCCGUCGUGCCCUUGCAUUCAGAACUCUGGCAAUCUGGCCGCUCAUUAUUUGACCAGGGAUGACCCAGAAGAGAAUCUCAUACUGGUUAUGAGCCCUCGUGAGCUCCAUUGCUCCGACGCCGGCGACCUUGUAUCCUAUCAGCGCCGGGAUGCAGAUCAACCAGGUCCAGAAGGACCGGGUGAAUGGGAUCCUUCGCAAUCGAAAGGGGUCGAGUUGCAGUUCUCGAACGUAGUCUACGAUAUUGAUGUCGUUGAUAUCCAGCUCGUAGAGGUGGACGUCCUCUUUCGCAGCGUCGUCGCGCUUUACGCCCGUUGGCGCGUACACUGUGGUCUCAGUCCCGUCGUCACCGCCAGUUUCAAAUACAGUGCACUCUUUUCCCUUGAUUUACGCAGUAUGCUACCCGACUUGUGCGCAGUGGAGACACUGCAUGUCAUCCUGCCACCCUACGUCGAGCCGGCCACAGCUGCGAACGCCGAGGUUGGAUUGCUGAGGUCACUAGCAGUCCUCCAACCGAACGGAACAUUUCAUCUUCCCCAUCUCAAAAGACUGAUAUACAAGCAAGAGCGCUAUCCACUCUUCAUUGGACCACAAUAUCAGAAGGAGGUGCGGGAGAUUCUUGCCAAGCUGCAGGAGCAAGUGGACUACCUGGUUGCGGCUCGGGCGAGGUUGCCUGACACCGCGAUAAGCGCCGCAUGCCCAUGGCCUCCGGGAUAG